GGCACAUUUAUAAGAAGGAGGAGAUGGAGGACAACGAGAGCGAGACAGAGAGGAGGGAUAAAGACUCGUCCAAGAGCGACAGAGUGACUCUGAAGAAAGAAAUUGGACUUUUGAGCGCUUGCGCUAUUAUCAUCGGGAACAUCAUUGGCUCUGGUAUAUUCAUCUCACCUAAAGGAGUGUUGGAACAUGCCGGCUCAGUGGGGCUGUCACUCAUCGUCUGGGUUUGUGGAGGGGGGAUCUGUGCCCUUGGGUCCAUGUGCUAUGCUGAGCUGGGUGUCACCAUCCCGAAGUCUGGAGGAGACUAUUCAUAUGUGACAGAGAUCUUUGGAGGGCUUGUUGGCUUCCUGUUGUUAUGGAGUGCCGUCCUCAUCAUGUAUCCGACCACACUGGCUGUCAUCGCACUCACCUUCUCCAAUUACGUCUUGCAGCCAGCCUUCCAGGACUGCCUGCCUCCAUACAUCGCCACCAGACUCCUCGCCACCAUCUGUAUCUUGUUCCUGACCUGGGUGAACUGCUCGAGUGUACGCUGGGCAACCAGGAUCCAGGAUAUUUUCACCGUAGGAAAAUUGCUCGCGCUGGUACUCAUCAUAGUGGUGGGACUCGUCCAAAUCUGUAGAGGUCACUACGAUGCCCUGCGCCCCAGUGUGGCCUUUGAGUUCCGUCAGGACCCCUCAGUGGGUCAGAUUGCUCUGGCCUUUCUCCAGGCCUCCUUUGCCUACAGCGGCUGGAAUUUCCUCAACUAUGUCACGGAGGAGAUUGUGGAGCCACGCAAAAACCUGCCUCGUGCCAUCUACAUUUCCAUCCCACUGGUAACACUGGUGUACACUUUGACCAACAUUGCCUACUUCUCCUCCAUGUCCCCUGAGGAGCUGCUGGCCUCCAAUGCUGUGGCAGUGACAUUCGGGGAAAAGCUUCUCGGGAUGUUUUCCUGGGUAAUGCCAAUCUCGGUAGCACUGUCCACAUUUGGAGGAAUCAAUGGAUAUCUGUUCACCUCCUCCAGAUUGUGCUUCUCAGGGGCCAGAGAGGGUCACCUGCCCUAUCUGCUGUCCAUGAUCCACCUAAAGAACUGCACUCCCAUCCCCGCCCUGCUGGUCUGUUGCGCUGCCACGAUAUUCAUCCUGUGUAUUGGAGAGACACACAACCUGAUCAACUAUGUGUCCUUUAUCAACUAUCUGUCCUAUGGGGUAACCAUCGCCGGCCUCCUCUACCUUCGCAAAAAGAGACCCAACCUGGUCAGACCCAUCAAGGUGAACAUGUUGAUCCCCAUCACCUACCUGAUAUUCUGGGCAGUGCUGCUGUGCUUUAGUCUCUACUCUGAGCCGGUGGUCUGUGGCCUGGGCAUGGUCAUCAUGCUUACCGGAGUCCCUGUGUACUUUGUGGGGGUUCACUGGAGGAACAAACCAAAAUGGAUCCACAGGGUAGUCGAAAAAUGCACGUAUGUGGGCCAGAAGCUGUGUUACGUGGUGUUUCCUCAGGGAGACCCUUCAGAGACUGAACCCCUCACUUCCUCCAAAGCCACGGACUGAGCACCACAAUGAACCAGGAACUCCCUCUUUACUUUAGCAGCUGUACUUACAGUUUUUGCGUUAUAAUUUUGUUUGGUCAGUUUUUGAAUGCUGAAGGGAUGGUUUUACCUAAGUUCAUCCAUGGGUGCAGCCUUAAAGGGUCUGCAAUGAAUCCUCCCCUAUAAAAGAAGUGGAUGGUUUAAUUAGGACACUAGCACGUUAAGCCCCAAAGCUAGGGCGUGUUUUUUUUAAUUUGUCUGUUUGGGAGUACUGUCCUUCCAUUCUCCUCACCAGUAUGCCAGGUUUUCUCUUUCAUACAGAUUAUCAUCUUGUAUUCUCCCUUCUACUCACUAAAGGAGCUUCCAUCUGCUUCACUUCCAAGGUCUUUUACUUUUGUUACCUAAACUAAAUCUAAUGUGCCUUAUGAAACGUGUGUGUUGGAACCCUGCGUUGGUUUGUGCGGGUGUUUGGACAGCAUCGUAACUUUUAUGAAGUAAAUAUAUGCAAGCAGUUUCUGCCCAUAGCAAUAUUUCCAUAUUACUGCUGCUAUCUUCAGUUCUGUUAGACUAAUUACUCACAAGAUGUUUACUGCUUGUCAACUGGGGAUGAGUAUUCUACCUGGCAACAAUGCCUGGCCAUGCUUUUUUUUGUGAAUCUCUCUCUGCCGCUUUCUUAUACUAUCAUUCAUUUCUCAUGAGUUAUACUUUUUCACCUCUCCGUUCUUAUAAGAGAUGUACACAGUGACACUCAUCUUUCCCAGACAUAUCUAAAUGAUAGUGGAGUGUGUGGCUUUAUCCUGGGGGACGAAUAACGCUCUCAGGUAUGAAUAAGCUGCAUUGUUGCGACCCACGAUGACAGACUGGUCUUCUGUCUUUUUAAUCCUUAGCCGUCUCUUCUGUCUUUUGAGUCGAGCACAAGCCUUUGUUGAAACUUUGGUGCUUUGGAAAUGUCCUCAUCUCCGGGAAUGCCACUGUGAAAGAAGCUUGAACAGCCAAGACUUGUUAUUAGAUUUCAAAUAUUUCAUCUGACGUGAUGAUCAGUGCUUACCACCUACGUGUUGUUGGAUCCAGUAGCAGCAUCAGCAAUCACAGAUAGGUGGAGUGCUGGCAGUGGACCCUGGCCCUGUGAUUUUUUUUUAGAUCAACUAACUGUGAUACCAUUUAAAUAAUAUGGUAGAAUUAACUACAGUCCCACUAAGCUUCUUUCUGUUGUCCUGUCCCAAUUUAAAGUUCACUCCAAAUGAUUUGGGUCAAUUAAUCUCCUUUUUGAAGUUUUGAUACCUUUGUCUGUGGUCCUGAAGAUAUUAAUAAUCUUUCAUAACUCUUGUCUAAGGUCUUUGUUGUUUAUAGAACAGAAAAUAUGAAGUUUGGGCCUUUUAACAUGAUGUAAACCAGCUGGUUGGUACCUGGAUUAAACCUUUUUUUUCAGGACAAAGCGACUGGGAUUUUAUCUCUCCAUCAUACCCAUGGACGCACACUUAAGAAAACAUGUCUGUCUGUAGUUUCCAGGUGCUGCUAGCUCAGUUGAGAUCUGUAAAUACUAAAGAAGAAAAACUGUUACAAAUGUUCCUGGAACUCCUGAAAGAUCAUUCCUCAGACAUGUUUUACAUGUACAUACUGUACAACUGAUUGGUGUACCUCUGUUUUGUAAAAGUGUAAACUUGAACAAGAAUAACAAUGUAAUUGCAAAUUAAAACAACAACGUCUGA